UUUACCAAGUCCAAUAACUCUGACAAAGUGUCCCUUCAGUUACCUUCUGCCAGUACCCCACACAAAUAUACCCCAUUCUCAAUCUUCAAUUCUCACCAAACUUUACCUUUUCAAUCUUCAAUUCCACCAUGCACACACAAAGACGAUGGCCCGGAGUACCAUAGUUUCCCCGCAAACAUGCCAAGGGCAAUAACUCUAACAAAGUCCCUUUCAGUUACUUCCAGUCACAACCACAGAAAUAUUCCCUUUUUCUCUCGCCCUGUUUUUAUGAAUUUAUCUUUAAUUAAUGUUUACAUUUCUAAUGAUAAGCAACUUCUGAAAGGACAACUCCGAAAUAUUUCCACUUCUCAAAUGCUCAGACAUGUGCAGAGAGCUACCAAAUUUUGGUUACAAUCGAAAUGAUGCUUCUAUAUUCUGUACAAAUGAGCCUCCUCUUGAUCUAAUUUUACCUUCUAAACACUUUGUUAACCCUAUAUCAAUUUGUACUCAAUCUAAGUACGCUUUUGUUUCCAAAAGGCUUCCUACAGUCUUAACUAGUCAGGAAAAUAUCUUCAGCAAUCACGUGCACAAUUUUCUACCAACAAACAGGCCAACUCUAGAGGUGUUUAAGGUUUAAAAGCAACCAGAAAUCUUUGAUAAUAUCUUUAACUAAUUUUAAAGUCGACGUGCAUUUUCCGUAUUUCCCAAAAAUUUCAAUUUGAUCUUAAUGGGAAAAAAGUGUCUGUUUUUUUCAUUGAUAUUCCAUAUUUUGAUAAAAGAACUUCGCGUGAAGAGGAAUCUCUCCAAAUUCAAUUUUAGCCCUGAAAAGAUGGGAUGCAAUACAAGUGUAGAAUGAAUAUCUUCUGUGAAAACUGAAGGUUUUUCACGCCAAAGAUUACGUUCCAGUCGAUCCGAUCAACAGAACAGCCUGCUCGUGCGAUUAACGUGCAAGUGGCUGAGCACUUCACAGACACGUGUACCCUUAACGUAGUUCUCGGGGAUAUUCAGCGUGACACAGUGUGACAAGGCUGACCCUUUGAAUUACAGGCACAACAGAAACAGGAAGUAAGAGUGAGAGAAAGUUGUGGUGAAAAUGUACAGCAGGGUUCACCACCAUCCCCUGCCGGAGCCUCGUGGAGCUUUUAGGUGUUUUCUCUCAAUAAACACUCACAACGCCCGGUCUGGGAAUCGAAUCCGCGAUCCUAUGACCAUGAGUCCACUGCCCUAACCACUGGGCCAUUGCGCCUCCACCAAUACAACAGCUAUACAACAGAAAAUAUUCCACGCUAACCGUUGCCGGUUACUUCAAGUGAAACUCUUCUGACAAAUAAAGAACGUAAGAAAGUUUAGUCUGCAGAUCACGUGACUUGAAGUGACCAAUAGAAUUCAUAUAACACCGCCGUCGUAAUCUAUUUCAGAAGAUUUACCGAAGCUGAGUCGUUAUGGCAAGUGCUAUAAAUGGUUUAGCAGCUGUUGUCUAUGUUUGAUGUUAACAAUGGGUUGUUAUUCAGGAGAAGCAAUGUAUUAAGUACAUAUAUCCAUUUGAAAGAAGAUUUUCUGCAGAGGAUACUGCAAGUCUACUGUGUUUGGAUAGAGAUUUAUCAACCAAUUAAUGUCUUCAGAAUUAAAGAAUAAACCUGUAAAAUAUAACUGAGAGAAUGUUUCAGAAAAUGAGCAAACGUUACAAAUGCAGUAUUUGUGGCAAACUACUUACUACUAAAUGUAAUUUAGCUAUUCAUAGGCGCACUCAUACUGGGGAAAAGCCAUACAACUGUGAAGUGUGUGAGAAAGCAUUCACUCAGAAAGCGAAUUUAAUAGAACACAAACGGACACACACAGGGGAGAAACCUUUUCACUGUGAAAUCUGUGGAAAAUCAUUUUCUAAUCAAGGUUAUAUAAAGAAACACAAACGUACACACACAGGAGAGAAACCAUUUCACUGCGAAAUUUGUGGCAAAGCAUUUUCACAGUUCAAUAGCGUAAGAAGUCACCGGCUUAUUCACACUGGAGAAAAACGAUACCAUUGUGAAAUUUGUGGCAAAACAUUUUCUCAAGUUAAUAAUUUAACAAGACACAAACGUACUCACACCGGGGAGGAACCAUACAAAUGUGAUGAUUGUGGGAAAGCAUUUUCUAAUGUCAGUAACUUUGAAAGACACAGAGGUGUGCAUUCGAAGCCUUUCCACUGUGAAAUUUGUGGUAAAACAUUUUCUGUGAAAGAAUCUUUGACAGUCCACAAACGAGUUCAUACUGGAGAGAAGCCAUAUGAUUGUGAAGUAUGUGGGAAAGGAUUUACAAUUAGUCGUACCUUAAUAAGGCAUAAACGUACUCACACAGGGGAAAAGCGACACCGCUGUGAAAUUUGUGGAAAAGCAUUUCCUGAAAAAUAUGUUUUAACAUUACACAAACGUAUUCACACAGGAGAGAAACCAUAUCACUGUGAAGUUUGUGGAAAGGACUUUUCUGGUAGGUGCAGCUUAAGAAAUCACAAACGUGUUCAUACUGGGGAAAAACCACAUCACUGUGAAAUCUGUGGUGAAGCAUUUUCUGUAAAUGGUAGUUUAAUAAGACACAGACGUAUUCACACAGGAGAGAAACCAUUUCAUUGUAUAGUAUGUGGAAAAGAAUUUUCACUUAAGACCAGCUUAACAAGACAUAAACGUGUUCAUACUGGAGAAUAAUCACACUAAUGUGAAAUAUUUGGGGAAGGAUUUUCUGAAAAAUCCGUCCUAUUCAUAAAUGUACUAAUACUGGAGAAAAACCAUAUCACUGAAGUUUGUGGGAAGGAAUUUUCCAAUAGUGGCAGCUUAAAAGGGCAUAUACGUACACACACUGGAGAGAAAGCACACCACUGUGGAAUCUGUGGCAAAACAUUUUCUAACUUGAGGUGUUUAAUAAGACACAAUCGUACUCAUACUGGGGAAAAACCAUACAACUGUAUUAUUUGUGGUAAAUCAUUUACUUGUAGUGAUUAUAUAUCUACUCAUAAAUGUACUUUUAAUGAUGGAGAUAAACCUUUCCACUGACUUUUCUACGAAAACAUGAUAUAAAAGCAUCUUAUUAUGAUAUUUGUAUUAAAGAAUGUAUUUAUAAGAAUGUUAUUAAAGUGCUAUAAAUGUUUAUAACAUGUUUUGUGUAUCCUUUGGAAAUUGUAGUAAAUUCUUCAUUUUUAAUGUUACAUAUAUUAAAAACAUAGGUCACAUAUAUCAUAUGAUAUGGGUAGAGUGAAAAAACUUGUAACUACUAAUACUACUACUAGUAAUCCAACUGAAUUAGUAAGACAUACAUCUGAUCUUUGUAUACCAAAAGGAUCACUACUGACUACCUACCUACCUAUCUGUCUAUCCCUACAUACACAUAUCUAUAUGCUUAUUGAAUUGAAAAUUUUGAAAACGUGGUUUCUUGCAUAUUCGGAAUCUCCGUCAUCGAAAACAUUGGGGAAAAAAUUUCGAAGAAGUUCAAAAUUUUAAAUGAGGAGGGAAGUGGUGGUGGGUAUUUUUUUUCUUUUUUUUUGCAUAUUCGUAAUCUCCGACAUAUAAAACGUAGGAAUCCGAAAAAAUUUAUUUUCAAAGAGAGGUGCAAAACUGCAUUAGCCCCGAAAUUAAUUUUUUUUUUUCCCAUAUUCUUAAUCUCCAUAUUUUCCCACGAAGAUUGAAAAAAAGUUAAAAUGUAAAAAUUUGGGAUGGGGAGGAGGUAAUUUAAAAUUUUGAAACACAUGGUUUUUGGCAUAUUGAGAAUCUCCUUAACCGAAAACAAGUAUCCGCUGAAAAAUUUUCAAAAAAAAGAAAAAGGUUGAUUUUUUUCGUGCCAGUGUACUUGUAAACAUUAACCAUAUAUUGUACUACUAUUUCUAAAAUCAAAAGCAGCACCUUGUAUCUCACAUUAUCCGGUAUCGUUUUUAGAUCAGCAUUUACCUUCCAACAUUUCUACCCUUUCUUAAAUUUCAUUAUUUCUUCUUUUUGACUUUCUGUCACCAUCAUGCACAAAUGCCAUCCUAUUAUGUUUGUACAACCUUCUACGUUAAUAAAUUCAGCAGUCUUCCACUUUGAUAUCUUGUUAAGCAAUUCC